AAGCCAGGUGUGAAGCUGACUGGCGAGGCAGGUGGAAUGUUGUCGCUCUUACAUUUUAUGGGUCUCCGGUUUUUCCUUCUGGGGUUGCGGAGUCCUUUGGGGGGCUUAGUGACAGUUGAGCACAAGGACCCGCCGGAAUCCGAAAAAAUGCCGCGCCCCGCCCCCGCGCUGCGGCUGUCAUGAAAGGAGACGCUAUUGGCCAGGCGCUGCUCAAUCACAUGUCGUGCGAGUCCGUCCGCCAAUGAGGGCGCCGCGGACCGAGCUGGGAUCGGAAGGGAACCUGCGCUGGCCGCAAUGCCCGGACGGCGCGUCUCGGGAAGGGAGCUCCGCAGCCGCCCUCGCGCCCCGUCCGGAGCCGCACCCGGAGCCGCAGGCGGGACGGCGAUGGGCGCCGCGACCGCCAAGGCCGGGAAGGCGGGCGAGGAGGCGUCCGGGGCCGGUGGGAGCCUCUCCGGGGCGCCCCCGCCGGACUGGCCGCGGCUGCCCAACGAAGUGCUGGCGCUGAUCCUGAGCUGGCUGCCGCCCGAGACGCUGGCCACGCGCUGCCGGCUGGUCUGCCGGCGCUGGAGGGACCUGCUGGACGGCCCCGCCGUCUGGAAGCUCCAGUGGCGCAGGGAGCCCGCCAUGCGCGCCGUCCUCCAGGCCGCCUCCCGCUGCCCCCGCCUGCAGUGGAGCCGCCUGGCCGUCCUGCGGCCGCUGGGCAGGAACCUCGUGCGAAACCCCUGCGGGAGAGAGGAGUUCCGACACUGGAGCGUCGAAUGCGAUGGGUGGAGUGACGGCUGGAAGGUGGAAGAGAACCGGGCUCUCUUGGAAGGCGCUGAGGACCAGACCUGCUUUGCCUCCUCCUUCCAGUGGUGUCAGAAGGAGCAGGUCAUCGAUUUGCUGAAGGAGGGCUUCUGGCAGGAUCUGCUGGACACUUACCAGCCUGACAUUGUGGUCUCGGACUGGUGGAGUGGCCGUCCGGACUGUGGCUGUGAAUAUGAGCUGUAUGUUGCUCUCUUGGCAGCUAAUAAAAAAAGGAAGAUUGGUGUUUUUGAAGCCAAACCAAAUCCCAGACCUCCAAGCAUGGACCCCUCGUACCAAAAGGUAACCCACACAUUCAGACAAUAUGGCCCUGGAGUCCGCUACAUCCUCUUUCGGCACAGAGGGAAGGACACACAGUUCUGGAAAGGACAUUACGGUGCCCGGGUGACAAACUCUUCCGUCGUAAUCCAGUUUUCCUCGUAGUCUGCAGAAUCCCCGGAGCCUGGACUCUCUUCCCCCCCACCUUCCCAGCUCCCCAGCCCCGUUUUGCCUCCGAAAUCCUAUUUCUGAGCUGGCGAAAAAUGAGGAUCCUGUCUGUAACCUUAAAACACAGGAAGUCCUUGAGUUGCAACUGUUUAGUGACUGAACGGCACUGAAAAAGAUAACCUCAGACCAAUCUUCACAGUUAUGGCCAUUGCAGGCUCCCCAUGGUCAACAGAUCAAAAUUCCGAUGCUCAGCAAAUGGUUCGUAUUUGUCUCAGGAUUAAGUGGUCAUCUUUUGUGACCGUCUGACCAACAAAGAGAAUAGGAAAGCCAGAUCCACUUAACAACGGUGUUACUCAUUUAACAACUGGAGCGAUUCACUUAA